GUAGAAAAGCGGGAAUACUGAAUUAGGUGUCGCUUGUUCUCCGGUGACGCACGACGAAGAAGACGACGACUGAAUCUGAAGGGGACGAGUGUGUGUUUGCUAUAUACGCAUAGAUUUAGAGGUACUUAGCGUUAAUAUCGGAAGAGAAUUUGAUCGAGAGAGAGAGAGAGAGAUAAAGGGAGGCGACGAAGGGUUUAGAGAUGCUAGGACAUCGGAAAAAUAAAUGGACGCCGGAAGAAGAAGAGGCGCUUGUUGCCGGAAUUGCCAAGUAUGGUCCCGGAAAAUGGUCGAAUAUCAUAGAAGAUCCCGAGUUCGCGCCUCAACUUCUAGAGCGCACUAACAUCAACCUCAAGGUAUUCGUAAAUUCCCAAAAAUCUUCCGUGGAAAUCGAUUUUGAGAUUAGGGAUCGUAAGUUUGGUCUUCAAUGUUGGAUUUUAAUGUUAUCUAUGUCGCGUAAUUCCAAGGAUAAAUGGCGUAACAUGAAAACUCGUGUGGGGAGUAUGGAGAAAUCAAGGACACAGACAAUCAAAUCUGUUUCCGUUUCCUUUACCCCUGCAAAGACUUCUCCUAGCAACAAGUCUUCUCCAAGUAGUUUAUCAGAUAUGAGCAAUGCUACUAGCUACUGUCCAAUCAUUUUUGAGGCCAUAUCAACAAUUAAUGAUGAAAGUGGUUCUGAUCUUAAGGAGAUUCUCAGUUUUAUCGAGGAACGACAGGAGGUUCCAAAAAACUUCAAGAAAUUGUUGAGUAACAGCCUAAGACUCCUUGUUUCUCAAGACAAACUCAAAAAGGUACGAAAUCAUUACAAAAUCUCCAUUACGAAAGCAACAAAACCAGCACACAUCCUGCAUCCAAAAGAUUCUACGAACCCACCAGAGCUACCAAGUACUUCUGUGAUGUCAACAAAAACAAAAGAAACCCAUGAUAUAGAUGCAGCAGCAAAUAAAGUGGCAGAAGGAUUUGACGUUGGAUACGAGGAGCGACAAGACUUUAGGAAGUUUUUGAGUGAAUGCCUGAAAAUUCUCGUUUCUCAAGGCAAACUGGAAAAGGUAUUAGAUCGCUACAAGAUGUCAGAAUUAGAAAAAAAAGUGUUGGAAGCAGCACCAGAAGUAGUAGCAAUGAAACUAGCAGAGUCAGAUAACAAAAGGUUGAUAGCAGCAGAGGCAGUCGAAGAAGAACAAAGGAUGCACAAGUUUGUAGAAGAAAGCCACACGAUGCUUCAGUUAUCCAUAGAAAUCCACAAACAAUGUGCUCUUGGGGAAGAGGUUGUUCUACGGUGAAGAGCCUUCUCUAGCAGACUCCAUCGUAAACCAAGUAUAUAUUCCGGUUGAAAUAUAGAUAAGUGAUUCAUUUGACUUCUAACCAGUUAAGUGUGUCUUUUGUAGAUGGUUGUAGUGGGGAACUAAUAAUGUCCACUGUUUUUGUUCAUAAAAAAGGAAGUGUGUUAGCCUUUAACAAUUUAAAAGUGAUGUGUCUAUGUGUCUUCUUGAGAAUGCUAUGCUACGUCAUGAAAGCAUCAAAAGGUGCUGGAAAGUAUAAAGCUUUACAAAUGAGAAAAAGGCUAAUUGGUAUC